AUGCCAUUCGCCGCUCGUUUUUGUCCUGCUUGUUUACUGCCGACUGAUUCAUCCACGUCGUCAUAUGUUCCAGUUCGAUCAUCUUCAUCAAUCAAAUCGAUUCUUCAUCGUCGUAUUUCUAAAAAACGUUCUGUUAAUGUUCAAGAUCGGAAUCAACAAAAAUUAUCCACUCGUAAAUUUCAACGUAUAAAAGGAUCGAAUAUUGUUCGAGAAAUUAUCUUAUGUAAUAAAUCUCAAUCAACAUCUAAAAAAACUCAUAGUUACGAUAUGACUAUUCUUCAUGAGGAUGAACUCAAUAAUACUAAGUUGGCUAUGAUUCACCGUCGAAAGAAAAAAAUUCCAUCUUGGGCACAAAAAGAUCAGCUUCAAUUAGCCAUAAUUAAUCAAGUCUAUUUUCAAGAUAAAAAUCCUGAUGAUAUAUUUGGAAGCAUUUGUAUAGAUCGUGUAUUUGAAAUGAUUAAUUCAAUGAAUAUCAAAAAUAAAGAAUCAAUACCAAUGAUUGUUUCGCUGAUUUUCGGUGUUGGCUCAAUAAACCCAAUAAAGAGUUAUGUCGGAUGCUUUAAAGAUAGUCGUCAUCAACGUAAAUUGAAUGGCCUUGCUAAACCUUUGACUUCAUCAUCUAUGACUGUUACUUUGUGUAUUAAUUAUUGUGCUAAUCAUGAUUUUAAUUUUGCUGGACUACAGUUCAGAUCAGAAUGCUAUUGUGGUAAUAGUUUGUUGACAAGAACUAAAAAUGAAGAUAUAUAUGAUGAUGCAUCAAUUUGUUGCUCAUGGACAUGUUCAGGACAACUUAAUGAGACCUGUGGUGGUGACCUUUGUAAUUCAAUUUACGCUGUUAAUCGUACUACACAAAAAAAUAUCACGUCUGCUACGAGCGCUAGUUUGUUGAUGUUAUCUUCUGGUUGUCAAAGUAAUCCAUGUGGCUAUGGUGGUACGUGCAUUGAAAAUAUAUUAAGACCUAUUGAUAGUGGAUAUAAAUGCCAAUGUAUACCGGGUCGUAUUGGAAACCAUUGUGAAUACCCUGAUCCAUGCCGCUCACCGGAUGUUUGUUCACGUGGUAAUUGUUUAUCUUUUACUGAAAAUGGUACAUUUGCUUGCGAAUGUCGUUCGGAUACAUGUUCAUCAUCGCAAGCCGUAUGUGAUGCAUCAAAGAUAACAACGUUAACAUGUAAAUGUCCACCAAAUCAAUAUGGUGAACAAUGUGAAUUAUCAUGUCCAUGUCAACAUGGUGGCCGUUGUAUUAUACAAAACGAUAAUACAACUGCACUGUGUCGUUGUGAUGAAUCACGUUUUUAUGGUGAUCUAUGUGAAUAUAUAUCACCAUGUGCAUCUCAACCGUGUUAUAUGGGUGGAACUUGUACAAGAAAUGAGACAAGAUUUGUAUGUAAAUGUCCACCCAAUCGUAUUGGCAGCCAAUGUGAAAACAAUGAUCCAUGUCAAGUGAAUCCAUGUGUCGGAAAUAGUACAUGCUAUCGCAUCAAUGAUUAUACAUAUAAAUGUGUAUGUGAUCAAGUUCAUACAGGAAAAAAUUGUCAAGAUAUUGUUCCCACAAUAAAUCGUUAUGGUUUAUUUCAUAGUGCAUGUGUUCGAGCAAACGAUUGUGAUGUAUCACUUGGUUUAAUUUGUUUUCCUGAACGACGUUGUGCUUGCAUGGAUGGAUUUACAUGGACUAUAGAUAAAGAAAAACUACAAGCAACAGGUCGAUGUGAACCAAUAAAUGUUUGUUUACAAUCACCAUGUCUUAAUCAAGGACAAUGUGAACAACGUAAUGGUACAACUGAAUACAUGUGUCAGUGUCGAUUAGGUUAUGGUGGAAAAAAUUGUCAAAUCCAAUCACGUGAUCGUUCAAAUCAAUGUUAUACAGGUUUUUGUUUAAACGGUGGAUCAUGUUAUGUUAAUAAUAAUGGUCAAAUGGAAUGCGUCUGUUCGCCUGGUUAUAUGGGACGUUAUUGUGAUAUAGCUAUAGGUCCAUGUUAUUCAAAUCCAUGUCCACAUCCGGAAUCAGUUUGUUUAAGUGUACAUGAUGGCUAUAUUUGUUUAUGUAAUGAUAAUCAAUUAUUAGAACCAUAUUGUAAUAUGUCAAAAUAUUGUCCUGGUUCAAUGUGUAAUGGUCGUGGUAUUUGUUAUAAUGCAUUAGAUGAAAAUUCCUAUUGUCGUUGUUUGGAACCCUAUACUGGUUCACAUUGUACAUUAAUAGAUACAUGUUCACUCGAUCAAAUAUGUCAUCCAUCAGCAACAUGUAUUCCAAUGGAAACGGGAAGUUAUUGUGCAUGUCCACCAGAUCGAACAGGGCCUACUUGUCAUGAAGAAUUUUGGCUUGAUCCAUGUUUAAGCAGUUUAACAACUUGUCUUCAUCAUGGAACAUGCACGUCAUCUCCUGCUUUAUCAGUAUCUUCUUCUUCUCAAUCAUAUAAAUGUGCUUGUACUGAAGCGUAUACAGGUUCACGUUGUGAAAUUGAAUUACCUUGCCCAUCACAACGUUGCCUUCAUGAUGGGACAUGCCAAAGAAAUGUACAGUUCGGUUAUUUUGAAUGCUUGUGCACGUCUGAUUAUUUGGGAUCAAGCUGUGAACGAGUAGUACCGACUACAACCAUGCAAAGUCCAUGCUCAUCGUUGCCUUGUUUCAAUGGGGGUUUGUGUUCAGAAACAAUAAUUGGAGGUUUUUUUUGUACAUGUUUGCCAAAUUUCACGGGUUUACGUUGUGGAGAUAUAACAACAACAACAACAACAACAGCCAUAGCAGUAGCAACAACAACAAUGAUAAUACCAACAGCAAUUAUUGAACAAAUUAUACGAGCAAAUGAUCCAUGCAAAGAUAAUCCAUGUUUAAAUGCAGGAAGUUGUAUCUUGAAUGGUGUUGGUGGAUUCAUAUGUCAAUGUCUUAAUGGAUUUGUUGGAAAUCGAUGUGAAGCUCGCGUGGAUAUUGCACCGUUACAAAAUUCAUCAUUUUCAUUAAUUAAUCUUGCUUGGAUUAUACCGAUUGGUCUUCUAUUUCUUGUUGUUGUUACAAUGUUAAUUGGUUUUCUUUGUUGUCGAGAUUCAGCGGAGAAUAGAAAAGGAGAUCCCGUUUAUAUGUUUGAACAAACACCUUAUCCAACGAUGGGUAUUACUGGAAAUACAAAGUAUCGUGAAUAUUCGAAUCCAGGUUUUGUUGCUUCAACGAACAUGCCUCGAGAGUAG